ACGGUAGUCAGCUGAGCGAUGGCUUCGCACUUCAGUGGUGUUCUUCAGUUAACCGAUUUGGACGAUUUUAUCACCCCUUCCCAGGAAUGUGUGAAACCGGUGAAGGUGGAGAAGAAACAAGGCAAGUCUGUGGCCAAAAUCCAGAUAGAAGAUGAUGGAAGUUACUUUCAGGUUAAGCAGGACGGCAAGCUGCAGAAGCUGGAGAAAGCCAAGAUCACACUGAACGACUGUCUAGCCUGCAGCGGCUGUAUCACUUCAGCUGAGAGUGUGCUGAUCACCCAGCAGAGUCAAGAUGAGUUGUACAGGGUUCUCCGCCAGAACAAGGAAAACAACAGCAAACAGGUUGUGGUGGUGUCAGUGUCCCCACAGUCCAGGGCCUCUCUGGCUGCACGGUUUAACCUGAGCAGUACUGAUGCGGGCAGGAGGCUCACGGCUUUCUUUAAGAACUUGGGUGUGCAUCAUGUGUUUGACACUGGAUUCAGCCGAACAUUCAGCCUUUUAGAGAGCCAGCGGGAGUUUGUGGAGCGCUUUCGACGGAGUGAGCAGGACAAGAAAUCUCUACCAAUGCUGGCCUCAGCCUGUCCAGGCUGGAUCUGCUAUGCAGAGAAGACUCAUGGUGACUUCGUCCUUCCUUACAUCAGCACCACUCGGUCCCCCCAGCAGGUCAUGGGUUCUCUAGUGAAGACCUACUUUGCGGAACAGCAGGGCCUGACUCCACAGCAGAUCUACCAUGUUGCCGUGAUGCCGUGCUACGACAAGAAGCUGGAGGCCUCCAGGCCUGAUUUCUACAUCACGCAGUCAGACACACGAGAGGUGGACUGUGUUAUUACAUCAGGGGAGGUUUUGAAGAUGCUUGACCAAGAGGGUUUGUCUCUGAGAGAUGUGGAUCCUGCACCUUUAGACACAUUGUUUAGCAGUGUGUGCGGGAAUGAGCUCAUGAGGCACGAGGGGAGUGGUUCCGGAGGCUACCUACACCACAUCUAUACCUAUGCUGCCAAACAGCUCUUUGGAAUUGACGCAAAGGACAUCUCAUAUAAGACUCUCAAGAAUAAGGACUUCCAGGAAGUAACUCUCGAGAAGGAUGGGGCCGUUCUACUACGCUUUGCUGCUACUUACGGCUUCCGCAACAUCCAGAACCUGGUCCAAAAGCUGAAGAGAGGAAAGUCACCUUACCACUUUGUGGAGGUGAUGGCCUGCCCUUCAGGGUGUUUGAAUGGGGGCGGACAGAUACGGCCCUUGCCUGACCAGUCCAACAAGGAUCUGCUUCAGAAAGUGGAAGAGCUUUACAGAGCAGAGCGCCCCCUGGAGCCAGAGGAUGAUGAGCACGUGACAGGGCUGUACGACACAUGGCUACGCAGCGUGGGGGAGGAUCGAGCUCGGGAGCUGCUGCACACCCGGUACCAUGCCGUGGAGAAGGCCGAUAGUGGCCUCACCAUCAAGUGGUAAUGUGUGGUGAAGUGCAGUGCGGUGCACUGCCCUCAAAUGCUGAUGUCGCACAAUUUAGCUGUACCUCUUCAUGGCCUUACAGUUCACUGGUGUCUGAGUAAUCUGUUCCUGUCAGUUGGCUCGCACAAACAUUUAUGGCAGUUAUGUGAUGGUAAUGAAUACGAUACCACUGAAGUUCAGAAAAAUUAAAAGCUUUGUUAGUAAUUAAAGAAAAGUAAUAUGUGUAGUGAAUCACUGAUUUAACAAUAUGGGGUAUGUCUAUUAGUCCAUGAUGUAUUGAGGUUGUGUGGUUGUAUUCAAUUAUUUGUACUAUAUUCAGUUAUAUUUAUAAAGUUCUAUUUAAGCCUAAUUACUCUAAUGGAUAUGUCUUAUGUUACACACAGUAAAUCAUUGUUUAUGUAAUGUCUGACGGUCUUGUUAAAAAUAUUUUGUAUAAAAAGUUGGCCUUGAUAAAAAAUGUUCUGCACUAAAAUUGAUAAUGCUUGUAUUGUUCCAAGGCAUGCAACCUUUUUAAAUUUACAAUUACAACUUUAUUAUACUGUUGGAGUUAGAUGGGGGGGGAAUAAUAAGAUCCUAAAUUCAGGAUGUACAAUGUUCACUAUUUGGAUUUUUUUCAAACUGUCUUGUUGCUUUAGAAAUGGAGGUUUCAAAAUGCUGAUUGUCAGAGCACUUUUAUAGCUGAGGCAUAUUGGUUAUUGGUUUUCCACUCAAAAUCACUGACUGGUGUAGCUCCCUUUAUUAUUGUCAUUCGGGUGCUUCCAAGUCACUGCAUUUCAUGUUGCGUUUCCAUAGUCCCCCCCCCACCACCUGUAUAUUUCACCUUUGCACUCUGGUCAAAAAUAUCUCCUUAAGGUUCUGUGGUUUUAUGUUUUUUGCCUUAUCUGAUCAUCUAGUCCUUACUGUGUCAUAACUGUAGCUAAACAAAACAUUGUGACAUAACAAAUUGUAUGCAGUUAUUAAGCAAAAAGCCAACAUUCAGAAGUUUUGGUGACAAUCUAAGUGAACCCUAUGAUUGUAUAACAUGCAGAUCCUCUUUUUUUUUUUUUUUUUUUAUAAAUAACUUGGACUAAUUUUUACUGUGUAGGUCUCUUUUUAUGUUGCCUGUGAGGAAUUCUGCUCCCUCACACGUGUAGUUCCACAAUUUGGUUCCAACAUAAAUUGGCAGAGCAUUUGUUUGUUGUGGAGUGUUUUCUUUUUUUAAAAAUCUCUUUGGAAAAAUGCUAGAGAAUUGGCUGCCUGCUGUAAAAGAGAACAGAUUCUUGUCACCACAAAGGAGUAUAUUUACACUGGCUUUAUUUUUAUGAAAAGCUAGAACUAUAUUUUCUUAAAAAUACAUUGAACACGUUCAUUGCCUGCAUUGGUUGCAGGUUUCUGGUUGAUCUUGGUGGAUAAAUGCUAAUCUGUCGUCAUACCUUUUUUUUUUUUUAUUCUCAAAAAUAUACAUAUGUCAUACAAAGACAAUAAUCAGUGCAAAUAAACAUCCUAAAGUGUACACAUCUCGGAAAUGAUUCUCAUACUUUCCUACUUUGUUUCCAGGCGAAGUUUCCUGAUAUAUUAUAGUGAAACUGAAGGAAUAACUGACAUUUUUUUUUUUCUUUUUUUAAACAAUGAUUUGGUGGAUGCAGAAUUUUAUAAUAGCCCAAUUAUAUCAAUCACUCUUAUUACACCUAAUAUUAUUGUUGUCCUAUAGUCACAGUAACAUCUGUUUCUUGGUGGCAUGUUGUAAUAAAUGUUACAGCUGAAUACAACCUCCAGUAAAGUCUUUGCACCAAUAUGGAUGUCACUGCUGGUCUCUUGCAAAGUCAUAAAUAGUGAUGUAUCUAUCAAUUUGGCCUUUGCCUCAGUGUUUAUGCAACAAUAAAUCUGUUCUGUUAACCUUUGGGUAGAUGUUAAGGUAUCAUCAAAUGAGGUGGAGAACGUCACCAUCAAAGUAGAAAAAUAGAGAGCAACUAUUUAGGAUUAAACAAGGCAGAAAAUCCAGGAUUAGAUUUUAGAAAAUGCUCCUAUUAAUGGCGUUUGGACAGAACUGAGAACAAAAUUUUGAAAUUUCAAGUUUUUUCUUUUUUUUUGGUUUCUGGAUAUAUGUAUUUUGGCAAAAUCUGAACUUUGUAAACUGUACAACUCCCCUUUAUGUGCCUCAAAACAUUUGUCUUAAACUUUUUCCAUAGGAUAAAAGUAGGAAGUUUAAUCAUAUCUGGCAGCUAAAACAUGUCUUGACAGCAGCAAAGCAGCACAGAGCUCAUUUGAUUUCCUAUGUUUGCCAGGCUGAUUCCCAUGACAAGAUGCCAAAAGGGCUGCUUUAUACUGAGCUAGUUAGUGAGGAAAAAAUUUUAUCAUUUAGGGAAAAAGAUGAAACCAAAGAAUUGUCAGAAUGUUGCCAAAGGAAACAUUGUAGCUGUGUAAACUGUGGAGGAAAGCAAUACUGAGUGGGUCUCCCAUUGGGGAUUGGAGAAGAGUGACAGUCUGAGGCUGGUACUGGACAGCUUUCUUGGCACAGAGGAACCGCACUCAACCACAAAAGGCACCAUAAAACAUGAAGUAAAGUACAGCA